AUGUCUCAGGAACCUCAGUCUCCCACCCGUCAGGGUCGCCCCUCCAUAACUGCUUCGAUGCGGAGCAGUUCGUUUCUUAGAGAGCAUCAGCAGUACCGUCCUCCAAGCAAGCCCGAGAACCACUACGGAAUCGACACGGUUGUGGAGGAUCUCCAAGCCACCAGCGUGUCCCCCCCGCGCGAGAUCUCUCCCUUCAAGGGAAUCCCCUCGGCUGAGAACCCGCCCAGGAUCGUCGAUGGCCAGAGCCAUGAGCUGUCGCAUCCCAACUGCACGCCUUUGCCUGGCGCUUCCACCAACAGACUGAUCGCUACUCUGUUUUACAAGUCCACUAACCCCAGAGUAUCAAAUGCUAUCCCCUCACCGCAGCGCAAUCCGUCUCCCAAGGGGAGCGGUCAGUCGCCCUCGGUCCGCGCCGCCGACUCGGACCUUCCCCCUACCAUGGCGCCGACCAGCAAGCUUGACGACUUUCCCCUCGAGCCUCCCGCCACCGAGCCUGAGCCCCUCGACCACCUCUACGGCGCCAACGUCUCGCCGAUGUGCAUCGCCUCCUUCCUUCACCUCAUGUCUACCUUUCCUCUCCCUGCCGGCUCGACCGACCUUCACUCUUCUCACCGCUGCCUGAAGAUCGACCAGUCUCACCAAGAACACCAUCCCACCGUCGUCGAGCUCACCCUUUCCCCGGCGCCCGCUUCCGACUACCUUCCCCUGAAGGACCUCCGCAAGCACGAGCUCAUCUACCGCUUCGAGAGAGAAUGGAACGUCGACGUAGCCCUCCGAGCCGAUACCCUCUGGCGCCGGUACCCCCGCUUGGUGGUGUUCGACAUGGACAGCACCCUCAUUACUCAGGAGGUCAUCGAUCUCCUGGCUGCCACCAUCAAGGACCCCCCUGAUCUUGCUGCCCGUGUGGCAGAUAUCACCCAUCGCGCCAUGAUGGGAGAGCUCGAGUUCGACUCUGCCUUCCGCGAGCGCGUAAAGUUGCUUGCUGGCCUCCCAGGGACGCUCUUCAAUGAGCUUCGCCCUGUACUUGACGUUACAAACGGUGUCAGACCGUUGAUCAAGGCUCUCAAGAGGCUUGGCGUCAAGACCGCCGUCUUGUCAGGUGGUUUCUUGCCCUUGACCAGCUGGUUGGCUGGUGAGCUGGGAAUUGACUAUGCUCAUGCCAACGAGGUUGUCAUCGAUGAGCAGACCGGGAAGCUGACCGGUGAGGUCAAGGGGAGGAUCGUCGGGAAGGAGAGAAAGAGGGAGUUGUUGAUCGAGAUUGCAGAGAAAGAGGGCAUCGCACUUGAACAGGUUGUUGCGGUCGGUGAUGGAGCGAAUGACUUGUUGAUGAUGGAAGCCGCGGGCUUGGGAGUGGCGUGGAACGCGAAGCCUAUGGUGCAGAUGGAGGCAAGCUCGAGGUUGAACGGGGAUAGUCUUUUGGAUUUGCUGUAUUUGUUUGGGUUUACCGAGGAGGAGGUAAGGCAGCUUUCAGCUUAG